CCUUCUCAGGUUAGUCCUUUGCUGGAGUUCUACACCGGUGACAACUUUGCCUCCUUUAUUCGUUGUUAACAAGUCUUUUUUAUUCGACCAAAAUGAGGGAAAUCGUCCACCUUCAGGCUGGCCAGUGUGGUAACCAAAUUGGAGCCAAGUUCUGGGAGGUGAUAAGUGACGAACAUGGCAUCGACCCGUCCGGGACAUACCAUGGGGACAGUGACCUCCAGUUGGAGAGAAUCAACGUCUAUUACAACGAGGCAACAGGUGGCAAGUAUGUCCCUCGUGCAGUGCUGGUGGACUUGGAGCCAGGUACCAUGGAUUCAGUGAGAUCUGGUCCCUUUGGUCAGGUCUUCAGACCAGACAACUUUGUCUUUGGCCAGAGUGGAGCUGGCAAUAACUGGGCCAAAGGCCACUACACUGAGGGAGCUGAGCUGGUUGACUCAGUCCUGGAUGUGGUGCGGAAGGAGGCAGAGAGCUGUGACUGCUUGCAGGGCUUCCAGCUCACACACUCUCUGGGUGGAGGCACAGGCUCUGGCAUGGGCACACUGCUUAUCAGCAAAAUCCGAGAGGAGUAUCCAGACCGCAUCAUGAACACUUUUAGUGUGGUGCCUUCACCCAAGGUGUCAGACACAGUGGUGGAGCCUUACAAUGCCACCCUCUCUGUUCACCAGCUGGUUGAGAACACAGAUGAGACCUACUGCAUUGAUAAUGAGGCUCUGUAUGACAUCUGUUUCCGUACACUGAAACUCACCACCCCCACGUACGGAGACCUCAACCACCUUGUCUCAGCCACCAUGAGUGGUGUAACUACCUGUCUGCGCUUCCCUGGCCAGCUCAAUGCUGAUUUGAGGAAAUUGGCAGUGAACAUGGUGCCAUUUCCCAGGCUGCACUUCUUCAUGCCUGGCUUUGCCCCCUUGACUAGCCGAGGCAGCCAGCAGUACAGGGCAUUGACAGUUCCAGAACUUACCCAGCAGAUGUUUGAUGCUAAGAAUAUGAUGGCAGCUUGUGACCCACGUCAUGGACGCUACCUCACAGUAGCAGCCAUCUUCAGAGGCCGCAUGUCCAUGAAAGAGGUGGACGAGCAGAUGCUGAACGUGCAGAACAAGAACAGCAGCUACUUCGUUGAAUGGAUUCCCAACAACGUCAAGACAGCUGUCUGUGACAUCCCUCCCCGUGGCCUCAAGAUGGCUGCCACCUUUAUUGGCAACAGUACAGCUAUUCAGGAGCUGUUCAAACGCAUCUCAGAGCAGUUUACCGCUAUGUUCCGCCGCAAGGCCUUCUUGCAUUGGUACACUGGUGAGGGCAUGGAUGAGAUGGAGUUUACAGAGGCUGAGAGUAACAUGAAUGACCUGGUGUCUGAGUACCAACAGUACCAGGACGCCACUGCUGAGGAGGAGGGCGAGUUUGAGGAGGAGGCUGAAGAGGACAUGUGAUCUUUUUUCUCGUACUAUGCAACAGUUAAGGCUGGUUGAGGUGAUUCAAACUGUUUCGUCAAUAUUUGGCUUGUAUUGAGAAAGAGGAGUUACCACCCAGCCUUAACUGGAUUGUAGACGAUUUCACCAGCCUUGAUUUUCAACGUUGUCUGUCCCGUUUUACUUGUCUUCGUCAUUCUAUGUUCUCUUCUUCACUUUUGAAUAUUAAUGUUGUAAUGUCUGUAUUCUCCAUACUGAGGGUAUUACCCGACUUACCCCUUCUGAGUUACAAACAUGUUACAUUGAGCACUGUAAACAUUCACAUCAAAACGAAAACUUGGCACUUGAAACUUAAUAAGAACUGUUGGUAACUGUACAAGUAUUUAACAAAGGUUGCCCAGUUUGGAGUUCUGUACUGUAUACAUACUAGAGUUCAGAGACUAAUUGGCUGAUCAGUGGUGAGAUGUUUAUGUUUGGGGAAAAAACAGCAUUAGGUGUUACCCUCUGUUCAGUCAUGUUUUCUUCAAACUGCAGAUUUCUAAAAACAUUUUUAGUAAAGACAGUGUAAAACUGACCAGUUCAAGGCACACUUUGCUGAAUUUGAUACGGAAUAUUAUUUUUUAAGACCUGAAUGUAUGUCACUUUUUCACUAAAGAACAAAUUCUAUGAAGUCUGAAAAACACAGAGGCUGUUAUCAUGAAUGGUUUGCCACUGUGUUGUGCCAGUGUGCUUGUUCUGUCAUGUUACUGAAAUCAAACUGGAUGCAUUUUAAUAAAGCUAUCCUGAAUUGGUGCUA